AUGUCUGCGCAGGCUAUGCUGUCAUUGGCAAACGCAAGGGUGACACUCAAUAUCAAGAACUCGAGCACACAGUUGGCUGGUAUGAAUCUCAAGAUCAAUUCUUCCAUUGUACUUGGAACAACAUGUCCACCUGGUGCCGAUACUGCCAUUAAAUGGGCCAUACAAGACUUGAAUGUGAGCAAUCUAAAGCUCACAUCAUUUGCUACAAUUGCCAGCAUCUCGGACACCGUUCAUUUGAAUGUCCUCGCAAGGCGACAGUGCACAGCCAUACGAAAUGAAAAGAACUUUGAAACAGGCCGUGAAGUCGAACACGCCACUACCCCAGCACCUGAGAUUCCAACCUCCCCAGUAUCAAUCCAACCCUCUCCUGAGACAAAUAGGGACUCAAAUGUUGAGAGUGCUGAUGAAGAAGUAGAAUCAGAAUUUGGAUCGGAUUCCGAUAUUGAUGAAGAGAUAGAUGAGACAGAGGUACAGGCACUAAUAGACGAUCAACAGAUCCCAUUAACCGAUCUUCAAAACUAUCAUGGGAUGCAACAAGAGAGACUCCAGUCAUUACAACAAACAGCCGCGACAGUUCAGCUGACAAAAGCAGAGACAGCUGAACUCACCCAAUUGAAUCAAACACUGGAUCAAAUAACCAAAAUCAUAACUGAUUGA